AUGCCAUUCGCAGAUCAGCUGCUUACCUUCAGUCUAGCUUUCCUUGCAUAUCAGCUCGGCAGAGACUCAUUAGAAUUUACUUUCUCAAGCCGGCCACAACAGAAGAUGAGCCCUUCGGACUCAGAUUUGCCCAAAGGGAAGUACCCAGCCAAAAAGCAUGCACUUAAAAUCAAGAAGAACUUCUUAUCGAAAAAAGGCGAAGAACAAACUGAAUCUACGCUAUUUGUUGCAGGAGGAGAGAUAGAGCCAAUCAAAUACUGCGAUCAGACCAAGGAAUUUAGACAAAACAGGUACUUUUUCUACCUGACAGGUGUAAACAUACCUGGUUCGGCAGCGUUCUUCGAUUUCAAAAGCGAAAAGCUCACUCUUUUCCUGCCUGAUGUUGACAGCGACGAUGUGAUGUGGAGCGGCCUCCCCUUGAGCGUGGAGGCAGCCUAUGAAAAGUUUGAUGUGGACGAGGUGUUGUACGCAAAGAAGUUGCCUUCUUUUCUAAGUAAAUUUGAAAGCAGCUGCAUCUACACAACGGAUUUAGACAAUGUCCAUGAUCCCAAUGUCGCCGAAAUGCUUGUACCAAGUGAUCCAGACUUGUUUUAUGCGCUAGACGAAUCGAGGCUCACAAAAGACGAGUAUGAAAUAGGGCUUCUUAGACGCGCAGCCAAGAUUACAGACAACUGCCAUCUCUCUGUCAUGUCUGCAUUGCCCAUAGAGAAAAAUGAGGGCCAUUUCCAUGCUGAAUUUACUUACCAUGCAAUUCGCCAGGGUUCUAAGCAUCAAGGUUACGACCCUAUUUGCUGCUCAGGGCCCAACUGUAGCACUCUACACUAUGUCAAGAACGAUGAAAGUCUUGAAAACAAGCAGUCAGUACUGAUGGACGCGGGCGCUGAAUGGGAAAAUUAUACUGCUGAUGUUACUAGGUGCUUCCCGUUGAAUGGAAAAUUUACAAAGGAGCACCGCGAGAUAUACGACACAGUUUUAAAGAUGCAAACCGAAGUUAUGGACAGAAUCAAGCCAGGCGUUGAAUGGGAAAAGCUCCAUAUCUUGGCACACCGAGUACUUAUCCGAAGCUUUUUGAACCUUGGAAUCUUCAAAUCAGGGUACUCAGAAGAAGAGAUCCUAGAUAGAAAAGCUUCCUUGUGCUUUUUCCCACAUGGCCUUGGCCAUUUAUUGGGAAUGGACACCCACGAUGUCGGAGGACGCGCGAACUAUGAAGACUCCAAUCCACUGCUAAAAUUUCUGAGACUACGCAGACCCCUAGAGGAGAAUAUGGUAGUCACAAACGAACCAGGUGUUUAUUUCAAUCCGUUCUUGAUUGAAGAGUUUUUAAUCAAGUAUCCAAAGAGAAAAGAAGUUGUGAAUGAAGAAAUCAUGGAGAAAUACAUGUAUGUCGGCGGGGUUCGUAUUGAAGAUGACGUCUUGGUUACUGCUGACGGGUGCGAAAACCUAACAGGUAUCACUAGUGAUCCAGAGGAGAUUGAAAGAAUUGUUUGUGAUGGUAUAAAUAAGGGUAGGUCUCACUUUCACGUUAUAGCUUAA